AUGCCGUACGCAUGUGGCAGGCUGGAGAUCGAGAUGCCCUUGAAGUCCUGCGGCGCGCAGGCGCUCUUCUCUGCUCAGAGGUCCGUCUUCGACGCGCCCUGUCCCCUUCGGCCCCUAUUCAUCUCGUACGUAGAACGCUCGGCCCUUCUCUACAAUUUUAGCUCGCCAUUCACGUCGGCGCAAGCAUCCUGGGCGAACGCGACGGAUGUCUAUCGCGCGCAUCGUUCAGGUAAGCUUGUCGUCUAUCUCGGUCUCCGCGCCCGCAUCUCCCCCUGUCCUCACCUCCACAUCCAUCACGUGGACCGACUUUGCCUUCCCCCUCGAUCCCUCCCGCACCCGCCUCUGUUUACAUCCCUUCCAUUCCUUCGGCCGUACCCGCCCCGCCUCCAUCCCGCCCCAGCAGUCCUCUUCCUAUCCGCAGCCGACCUAGCUGCUAACUCCCCAUCGGUCAACAAUUGGUGA